GAAGACUCUGCCUGCUCUCUAGGCUGCCACUUCAUUUCCUCAGUCCAAAUCAAGCAGCUGGCAUAUCUCUCUGAGCUGUGCUUGCCGUCCCAGAUCACAGCUUUUCCACAGCUUGGGCCAGAGACCCUGCUCCAUGAUCUGGCCCCUUUUAGGAACAACAGAGUCCAUGAAAGCGGCAGGCAUUGGAAAGCUAUUCACUGCAGGAAGCCACGGCAUCCGGUGAGAAACAAGAAGUAGGAGGCACAGGAUGCGCCUUGGGUCAGGGCGGCGCGAGCAGCAGCAGACUCCGUGUUAGAGCUGCUGGGGCGCGCCCCCGGGAGCACAGCUGGGAGCUGGGGUCCAGGCUCCUGUCGUCACUGCAGUCACUGUGGGGCUUCUGGCCUCCUGCGAGGGGGACUCAGAGGCAGAAUGGCCAGCCCCAGGGACCUGCUUCUUCUGCUACUCCUGGGCCAGCCCUGGGCGGGGGCUGCCACCCACACCACAGAGGCUGACGCAGUGGAGGCUGUGGUGUGUGGAGGGACCGCCUGCUACACAGCCCACUGGGGCAGGCUGAGCGCGGCCGAAGCCCAGGGCCUCUGUAGCCAGAAUGGGGGCAACCUGGCCACGGUGAAGAGCGAGGAGGAGGCCCGAUUUAUUCAGCGCGCCUUGGCUCAGCUCCUGAAGUCGAGGGCACCCCUGGCAGCGAGGAUGGGCAAGUUCUGGGUGGGGCUCCAGAGGGAGAAGGGCAAGUGCUUGGACCCUGAGCUGCCACUGAAAGGCUUUAGCUGGGUGGGUGGUGGGGAGGACACAGAGUAUGCAAACUGGCACAGAGAAAUGAAGAGCUCCUGCGUCUCCAGGCGCUGUGUGGGCCUGCUACUGGACCUGUCCCAGACCCCCCACCCAGACCGCCUCCCCAAGUGGUCUGAGGGUCCCUGCGGAUCCUUAGGCAACCCAGGAAGCAACACUGAGGGGUUUGUGUGCAAGUUCAGCUUCAAAGGCAUGUGCCAGCCCCUGGCCCUUGGGGGCCCAGGCCAGGUGAACUACAGCACCCCUUUCAGAGCCACCGCCUCCUCACUGGAUGCUGUGCCCUUUGGUUCUUUGGCCAGUGUGGCCUGCGAAGCCGGGGCUGAGAAUCAGGGCUAUGAACUGCUGUGCAGGGAGAAGGUGACUGAGGUGUUCGACUGGGGCAUCAGUGGACCCCUGUGCAUCAACCCUGAGUUGGGGUGCACCUUCAACAACGGGGGCUGUGAACAGGACUGCUUCGAGGGGGGUGCUGGCUCCUUCCGCUGUGGCUGCCCGCCUGGCUUCCGGCUGCGGGACGACCUGGUGUCCUGCAUCUCUAGAAACCCGUGCAGCUCUAGCCCCUGCAAGGGGAAGGCCACCUGCAUCUCCAGGCCCUAUGAGGACAGCUACACGUGCCACUGCCCCCGUGGCUACCAGCUGAAUGCAAGCCAGCAGGGCUGUGUAGACGUGGACGAGUGCCAGGAUACACCUUGUGCCCAGGACUGUGUCAAUACAGCUGGGGGCUUCCUCUGUGAGUGCUGGCCGGGCUACAUGCCUGGUGGCCCUGGGGAGGAGGCCUGUGUAGAUGUGGAUGAGUGUGCUCUCGACCCUGCACCCUGUGCCCAGAGCUGUACUAAUACUGCUGGCUCCUUCUAUUGCUCCUGCCAGCCUGGCUAUGUCCUGUCUGGGGAGGAUGCCACCCAGUGUGAGGACAAGGAUGAGUGUGCAGACCCCAUGGGCAGCCCCUGCCCAGGCCUGUGCUCCAACGUGCAGGGCUCCUUCCACUGUGGCUGCCUGGUAGGCUCACAGCUGGCCCCCGAUGGGCUCUCCUGUGUCCAAGACCCUGUGUCCACAGUGUCCUUGGCUGGGCUUCUGCCGGAGGACCAGCAAGAUGGCAAGAAGGGAGGCAUGGUGCUUCCCACCACCAUAUCUCCCACCAUACCCGAUACAGCCAGGGGCUCCGAGAGUUUCUCCACAGGGACACUCUCCACCGGAAGGUCCUCCUUGACCUCAGAUAUCCCCACCACCUCUGCCCACCCUGAAGUGUCAUCUCCUAAAGGGAGUCCUGGCCUUGAGACAAGGCAGGGCACCCCCCUGUCCAAAGCUGCUGCUGGCCAUAGCAAGCCAAUGGAAGAGGACUCUGUGGCUGCUCCAAGCGAGGAUGGUGAGGACGGGCAGAGGCUGCUGCUAUUCUACAUCCUUGGCACGGUGGUGGCCAUCUCCCUCCUGCUGGCCCUGGCCCUGGGGCUCCUGGUCUGUCGCAAGCGAAGAGCCAAGCGGGAAAUGAAGGAGAAGAAGCCGCAGAAUGCAGCCGACAGUUACGCCUGGGUCCCUGAGCCGGCCGAGAGCCAAGAGAAUCAGUACAGUCCGACACCUGGGUCAGACUGCUGAAAGGGAAGUGGCCCGGGACAAGUUCAGUCAGCUGCCACCAUGCCACCACCCUCGGAGCACAGGGGAAGUCACACCCUCUGAAGCCUGGACUGGAACCUUAGCACACGUUGGCAUGCUUUCCCCUUAAGGGCCCUCAACUUGGGAUGCAAAAGGUAUUUUCUCCAUGUGGGUGAUAUUUUUUGCAAUGGAAUCCGUGUGUUCCCACCACUGUGGGGACUUUGUGAACACUAAGGGUUCCCACGAGCUUCCUCUUUUCAAAUUUAAAUGCAGCUGACUUCCUUUCUUCCCUGGUUCUGGUCAGGCCAGGACUCAGUGCCAAGGGAUCCUUUUGUGCCCUGCCCUUUCCUCUCCUUUAGUGUGGAAUGCAGCGGCUGGUGCUGUUAGCAUUGAUGGGUUUGUGCCUCUCCAGCUGGGUCCUUUGAUGAUCUGACUGUAUGAGAAGCUCUGUGCUGCCAAAGGAACUUGCUCAGACUGGAACCAUCUCUCCCCAUCUGGAUCUGCGCUUCCCUGCUCAGCCUCUUGCUGCUGCGGAAGCCUUCAGAAUGGCAGGAAGUAGGAUCACCGGGAAGUAUAGACCCACAUCCUCUGGUUCUUAAGUUUCCUGCUGUCUUGGGUUUAUUUGCAAGUGAAGUUGGAAAAAUAUGAGAAAAAUUGCUUGAAGGAGUGGAGGGCUUUGGUGUAGGCAUAAGACCUAAGGGCUGGGCAGGGCUUGCUUCAUCUGCACAGAUGAAGGUGAACAUGCUGAACAUGCUCAAAGAGCCUGGGCAACUCUGGCCACAUCCCCAUGUGGCCCUGCUGUGGCUUCCGCUGCUCCUCCAGAUCAAGGGUGGUUGAGGGGAUGGCAGGAGGGUCUGGGAAACUGUGCUGUUAAAGCAUUUCAGCACCGGUCACAGGAGAACUUGUAUCUGUUGGGGCUCAAUCCUAUAGGAUGCUCAGGGUCCCCCUUUUCUCUCUUCGCCUUAGUUAGCCAUUGGGAAGGGAAGGGAGAGGGGAAGAGA